UGCUCGGGGUGCGCCGCGGCCUUGCUCUCGCUAUAGGGGAUAGCGGUAAUACUACCUAACGUGCGGGGCCAGUGGCGCAAUGGAUAACGCGUCUGACUACGGAUCAGAAGAUUGUAGGUUCGACUCCUGCCUGGCUCGCAUGUUUUUUACGUUUUCGGCCCUGGUUGCGUGUUGAAGAGGUCAUGAUUUUCCAGCUGAUCUCACCAUCCUGGCUCCUUACAUUCCUCGUCUUUUGUUCCUUUUUUCCUCUUCUUUUUCCCCAUCUCAUCUCAUCAUCCUGACUUCAUGAGGAACUGGAGUGACAGGACAAGGAGUAACAGGUGCUACGUGGGGUGCAGAAAAACAUGCUUGGCAACAGCUCCUGGCUUGGAGAGAGUAAACGUGUCUGAAAGCGUCCAAAUCUGUCUGCAUAACAGGGGGAGAAUGGAAGUGAAGUUUUCUCCUUCAACAGAACCCCAAAUGUCCUCUUCAGAUGCAUCAGAUGUCCCGCUCAGCCAGUUAACAGAAGGCUUCUGGGGGUUACUGUGGCUCCUAAGACUAAAAUUUUACCAGAACAAACUUACGCACAGUUACAAGCAUGCAAUUUUAUUUGUCUGGAUUUCAAGGCAGUGAAAUGUUUACACCCUGAAGUGUUCAAGCUCCAGAGCAGGCAUCACUCCUAUUGUCUUCUCCAGUAACCACAUGUACUUCACACCUUGGGAAGGUAGGAUCCUGGAGUCUGCCAAAGCACAUGGCCAAAAUUACAUUCUGCCUCUCAUGGCCACGGCUGCUUGCUCACAACAGAAUGUCUAUUAGGCUACAGGAUGUGGCUGCACAGGCUGGGACAAGUCCUUCAAUCUCCAUUGACCUGCAAAGAUAAGAAAAGGGAGCGGAUGGCCUUUGCUUAUCACUUCCCCAACUCCUCAAGGGGUGAAGGCUGCCAUGUGUGAGUGAGGAGAGCCAGGGCCUCUCUGGCCUCCCCCCCUCCCCCAGCAGCUGUCACCUGUCCCAGCCUGUCCUGCUCUCACACGCAUAUAUGGGCACGGCAAGACGGCAGCUGGUGACGCAGCGCUGCUAAAAACAGCCCCGGCUCUGCUCAGCCCCUCGUUCAAACAAUGUCCUCUGGCCCGAGCAACCCAGAGAGCCUCUGAUCGCAGCACAGCCUUGGACUUAUUUCAAGGGAAAUUAACCCCAAAACCUCUCCACAAGGCCGUGGCCCUGAGCAUAUGCCCCAGGAAAAGCUAGGGAUGAGCACCUCCCUGAGCUACAAGUCGUUCUCCAAAGAGCAGCAAACUAUGGAUAACCUGGAGAAACAGCUGAUCUGCCCCAUCUGUUUGGAGAUGUUCACCAAGCCAGUGGUCAUCCUGCCCUGCCAGCACAACCUCUGUCGGAAGUGUGCCAGUGACAUCUUCCAGGCCUCCAACCCCUACCUGCCGACCAGGGGAGGUACAACUGUGGCGUCGGGAGGCCGCUUCCGCUGUCCCUCCUGCAGGCACGAGGUGGUCCUGGACCGACACGGUGUCUACGGGCUGCAGAGGAACCUGCUGGUGGAGAACAUCAUUGACAUCUACAAGCAGGAGUCCACAAGACCUGACAGGAAGUGUGACCAGCCAAUGUGUGAAGAGCACGAAGAUGAGAGAAUUAAUAUUUAUUGUUUGAACUGUGAAAUGCCCACCUGCUCCUUGUGCAAAAUUUUUGGUGCCCACAAAGACUGUCAGGUUGCUCCUCUCACAAAUGUUUACCAGCAACAGAAGUCUGAGCUGAGUGAUGGCAUUGCAGUCCUGGUGGGGAGCAAUGACAGAAUGCAAGGGAUUGUCACGCAGCUGGAGGAGACCUGCAAGACAGUUGAGGAAUGCUGCAGACGACAGAAAGAACAGUUGUGUGAAAAAUUUGAUUAUCUCUAUUCUGUACUGGAAGAAAGAAAAAAUGAGAUGACACAAAUAAUCACUAGAACCCAAGAGGAGAAACUGGAACACGUCCGCUCCCUGAUGAAGAAGUACGCGGAUCACUUGGAAGCAGUGUCAAAACUAGUUGAAUCAGGAAUCCAGUUCAUGGAAGAACCAGAAAUGGCUGUGUUUUUGCAGAAUGCCAAAACAUUGCUACAAAAAAUUACUGAAGCUUCUAAAGGAUUUCAAAUGGAAAAAAUAGAGGAUGGGUAUGAAAAUAUGAACCAAUUCACAGUGAAUCUUAGUAGAGAAGAAAAAAUAAUACGAGAAAUUGAUUUUGACAGAGAGGAGGAGGGAGAAGAAGAAGAGGAGGAGGCAGAGGAUGGUGAAGGCCUGGGUGAAGUCCACACAGAGUCAUCAGGAGAGGAGGAAGAGGAGGAAGAGGUGGAAGAGGAAGGCACGGAGAGAGCACCACAGCCACCUCAGCAGGACUCCGAAGCACAGAGUGCAGGGGGAGAGCUGCUGGCUGAACCCACUCCAGCUGCCCCAGCUGGUCAGACUGGUUCUGAACCAUACCCUCAAGGACGAGUGGAGGAAGCUCCUGUGAGCAGUGAGAGGGGUGACGAGCCGGCUCGUCAUGUCUUCUCCUUCUCCUGGUUGAACUCACUGAAUGAAUGAUGACUCACUCUGGCUGGCUUCUGUUGUGCUUCUCCUCAGAAGGACCAUGAGCACAGGCAGCCUGGCUGCGGUCAGCAAAGAAACUGGCCUGGGAAGGGACAUCUGAGCAGGAUUCGUUCCUACGAACUCAGCUGACCUCCACGUCAUACACUUGAACUGACAGACCUGAGAGGGAGGGGAGCAUGGGGACAGGUUACGAUAUGUAUUGUAGUCAGAGUGUUUUCCAGUAAUUUCUUGCUUCCAAGAGGGAAGAAGCAUCACUACAGCUUUAGGCUGUGCACUGCUAGUAUUUUGUAACUCACUUGAUGGCACAUCCCCAUGUAGGUGUAAACACUUCACCAAUGUUCUUAGCUAAAAUGCUGGUAUGAUAUUCUCUAGUAGCAUCCUUUGCCAAAACAGUGUUUCUUCUCAGUAUCCUCCUGCGUCCCCACUUGUCAGUGCUGGUGACUUCAGUGACACUAUCAUGUCCUUGGCAGCCCCAAGUCAGGGUUGUGUCUAACAGUACUGGUGCCUCCCAGGCUGCGGAGGCUGAACACGGCAGGGAAGAAAGAAGCUGCCAUUUCUUCCUUUGCACUUGCUCUUCCUACUAAACCACAACAGAUGACGCUCACAGAAACACAUUAUUUGUAAGGAAGAUUCCCAGUGGCAGGAGUGAAGAAGAUGCACAUAUCCAAAGCACUGGCCAAGACCUCACACAGCUAUGAGUGUGUGGGGCAGUUGCUGAAGUGCUGCCCAGUCUGUCCAGCCAUAACCUGUGUCCGUGUCUUCUCAGCCAUCGGUGUGUGUACAAAAGGGGACGUGUUCUUACACGAAACCAGAGUGAAAUUAGGUAGUCACAGGUACUAAACUCACUCAAGGUUUAAUUUGAAGCCCCUGUGCUGUGCUGUAGAAAAGGCAAAUGCUGACUGUCCUGUUCUGUGUGCCUUGCAGAUGUUGAGCCACCAAAUGAAAUCAAAUUUGUGUCUUAAAA